AUGAGGAAAGUUCACGGAAACGAUUCCUUUCAAAGGAUGAACUUUUUAUAUCAAAUAAGCAAGCAAAUAGCUCCAAAAUACCCAGUAUUGUCUGCGUAUUACGGAAAUCUCGUAAUUAAUGUGGCGAAGAAAAUGGUUCUUAAAAUACAUCCGGACAUGAAGCGACAAAUAUGUAAGAAGUGCCGGUGCAUUCUCAUAGAUGGUGAGACAGCAAAAAUGAAAAUUAAAAGGAAAAAUAAAUCAAAAUAUAUUGUAUGGACAUGUAGAAUCUGUGGUAUGAAGAAAAGUUAUCCGGCAGAUGAGAAUAAAGAUCACCGAGUGUGGUCGGAGAAACCUGAAUCUGUUGUGGAAGUUAUACAAUAA